CCCCUUCGCUCUCCAAUACGUCACUCUAUUCUUCAUCGUCUUCCUUCCUCCUUUACCUUUUUUUUAUUUAUUUCUUUCUCAAAGUUUCUCGAGAAAUUUAAAUCUGUUGUGUGUUUUGUAAUAUUGAUGUGGCGAAAAUCUGGAUCUUGAUGUUCAAACAUUCAUGUCUCCGGUGAUAAGUGAAAUCCUUAGAUCUGGGUUAACUAUAGAUUCGUCUCUUAGACGCAGGACCCAUCUCGUUCAAUCUUUCUCAGUCGUCUUCCUCUACUGGUUCUAUGUUUUCUCAUAAAUCAUCUCUCCUUUAGCCGUUAUAUAUCUAUAUAUCUAUACUAUACUAUAUAUUAUAUCGAUAAUUCGGGUCCUGCGUCUUCAUUUGAAUUACUAGUAUUUUGUGUGUGUGUGUUUUUUUUUUGAAUUUGGGUUUUUCGAGAAACUAAAAAAAUAUGAAUAAAACUGAAAUGGGAUCAUCGACGAGCGGAAAUUGCUCGUCGAUUUCAACGACCGGUUUACAAAACUCCGGUUCGGAAUCGGAUCUCCGGCAACGGGAUCUGAUCGACGAGCGGAAGCGAAAGCGGAAGCAAUCGAACAGAGAAUCUGCGAGGAGGUCGAGGAUGAGGAAGCAGAAGCACAUGGACGAUCUCACGGCUCAGGUCGCUCAUCUACGGAAGGAAAACGGACAGAUCGUCGCCGGAAUCGCCGUCACGACGCAGCACUACGUCGCGAUCGAGGCGGAGAACUCCAUUCUCAGAGCUCAGCUCCUCGAGCUCAACCACCGCCUGAGUUCCCUUAACGAGAUCGUCGAUUUCGUCGAGUCGGCUUCCUCCUCCGCCGGAGGAUUUGGGAUGGAGACUGGUCAGGGUGGAGGAGGAGUAAUCGAUUGCGGCGGCGGAGGUGGAUUUUACGACGGAGUAAUGAAUCCUCUCAAUUUAGGGUUUUAUAACCAACCAAUCAUGGCUUCUGCUUCUACUGCUGGUGAUGUUUUCAACUGUUGAUAAAUCAGCUUCCCAAUCGCCAUCAUCGUGAGAGAGAGAGAGAGAGAGAGACGAAUAUGAUGACAUCAGGUGCAAAAUUGUAAUUAUCUUUUAGAUGAUGUGAUGCUCUGUUUUACUUUGUAAGAUAAAAACAAUUAAUUAGCGACUUAAUCCGUGGUUAAAAAAUAGGGUUAAUGUGGAUGAUAUCAUGAAGA